AUGUAUUUCAAAAAAAGAUCUUCCACACCUCAAUCUUCAGUCAGCUUAGAUAGAGAUACACUGUCUCUAACUUCAAAAAGCAGUGAAGAGAGUGACUGGUUUAGUCCAAAACGAUUCAGAAAGGAUGAUGAUGAUGAGGCGUCACAAAGAUCACAGGCCAGAGAUCUGAUAAAACAAAUUCUACAGACAAGACCAGGUGGAGGAAAUGUGCUUAAAGAGUAUGAAGAUACAGGGACAAUUAGUGAUGACACGAGGAAAGUGAUGGUGAACAUCUUAGUUGCACACAUGAUGGAGACAGAAGGAAGGGUCCCACAUCGUCUUGCCAAACAGAAGUAUGGUUUGGGAAUUAUCACCUUGUUUCCCUCACUCAGAGAUCCCCAAGGGAGGACUGGAUAUGAACAUUACUAUGAUGGCCAAAAAAACACUGGAUUCUUGUCAUGGCGUCUCAAGACAGUACAAAGGGGGACAAGACCUCCUGGAAAUAAGGAUGAUCCAAAAACAGAAGAAAAGGGAGGUCCUUUGCUUGACAGACAGCUAUGUUACCAAGAACAUCAGCUGGAUAAUGAUCAAAGUGUAGAGGCCAUCUCUUUGAUGAAUCAUACAAGCGAACGUGAGGUCAUCAUGCAGAAGAUGAAGGCAACGUUUGAAUACAGACAGCACCUUGUCCAUGAUCCAGAGGGAUCCACCACCAUUCUCUCAGUUUUCCCUCGAUUCCUGGACUCUAAAGGAUUGAUUCUUCAGGACUUUACACUCCUCUUUGGGUCAGAAACUGCUUCCAGACUUUUGGAAAGGUGGCAAACUGUUUUCAAAGCAAAGGUUGUCAGACUAGGAGAAACCUUGACUUCCACUCCACUGCUGAAAAGAUUACGGUCAUCUGCCAAACAGAGCAAAGAAAGCAGCGAGGCACAGGAUUCCCCAGAAUGGGACAGUGAUGUAUCAUCCUUCCUUCUACUUUUGCAUCUCCUAUCACCCCAGGCUUCAGGAAGAAAGAAAAUCCAAAGGAUCAGUAUUUCACAGGCUAUUGACCAUCUGGUGGUGUUUCACAAAGCAUGUCGGAGUAUCCAGGAACACCUUGAGCUGGAAGAGAAUCGUCAGCCAUACAUUCUUGCCUCAGGGAGCAGCAAGGAAGCCAUCAGUCACUACUUCAUUGUGGUGGAUAAAAAGCUCAUCCCCUGUCAAGAAUCCUCUUCACUGGCAGCCAUUGAUGAACUCUUCAAGGUUCAUUUUGUUUUCAGCCUCAGUUAUGAUCCUCCACUCAAAAAUUUGUACAAUUUUCUCCAGACUACAGUGUACAGAAUUGAUGUUGGCACCACAAGUGAGAGCCCAAGAGUAAAGGAGCUCAGAGCUAAGUUUUUGAAUGAUGUUUAGAUGCUACAUCUGUAAAUCACUGUUUGCUACAAUAGCUAAAUUAA